UAUAUAUCGUGGGUGGAAAGGAAAUCAAAGUAUCUCUCAGUUCUUUCUGGUCUGGUAAGAUGCGGAGAGGCUGGUGUGGUGAGAUGCAUGGACUGCUCCUGGCUGGAGUUGCAGUGCUCUGCUUGACUCUACCAUAUCUUGUGCAUGCACAGCCUUUACCGGAUAAUCUACCAACCACUUUGUUGAAGACAGAAUGUCGUGACAGGUAUUUCUAUAUCUGGGGAGAUAAAACUUUCUUUGGAUCACUUCUUCAAUGGCAGCUGGAAGCCAUAAAUGAUACAGGAUCUAUUGAUAUAAUGAAGGGCGCACGGGCAGCCCAAUGUGGCUACACUCCCACCACUGACUUGUAUGGAAACUUGGAAAUUCGGAUCUCCUUUCUAGGCUGCUGGGUGAAUAAUACAAAAGACUCGCAAUUUGGCAUCUCUGUGCAGAUCAGAGUAUACAGUGGUAUGCAGUCUGUGGCAUAUAUUAGGGAUAUAAAAUGCAGCCCUGAUCGCUCAUGGGAUGUGAGGGAGAUUAUCUGUGAAGAGAACUACAUGGAGGUAUCUGUGCAGAGACUUGCAGAAGAUGACAAGAUUAAAUUUCAACAGACGGCACCUGCGACUAGGAUAUCUCAGACAUAUAGAGUGGAAUUCCUCAAAAACCAGACUACCAUCCUGGCUGAAGAUGCCUUCAAGAGAGGCUAUGAUGUCUAUGUCACAUUGACCAGGGUGGUAUUCCGAGCACCUUACAAUACUCCAGAGUCACAAGUCCUACAGGUUGGAGACUACCAUCUUGAUGCAGUAUUAAGCAGGAUGCUACAAAAGCAGACUCUACGCAGUCUCAUCAUAGACACAACAAUGGCAUGUGCCGGUGACCCUCCAGUGUUCCAGGACCUGUCUCUUUCUUGGCUGUCCCCAGCUCUGCUAGGACCUCUGGUCACAGAAAAUGUCAAAUCCUGCUUGUUCACCAUGGGGAUCAAUGGAGAUCUACUGUUAAAGGCUGAUAUUGAAGCAAACAAGUACAUAUUUAAUGACCGUUUGGUCUGUAAUGGCUCAAGUAUUGUGAAUGUGACUGUGCCAAUUGGAGCUCCUGGAGGCUAUUCUGAGAGUAACGUUGUGAACAACUCCUACGUUACAACAUACCGCAUUAACCUUCUGCUGCAGAGACAGUGGAUGGGAGAGAAUGAAGAUGACAACACAACGCAUACACAGUACAAGCCUGUGGUGACCCCGGCCAUAAAACAGCGUCCUAUCUUCUUAGACUACACCAUCAAAAAGGAUCGUUACUUCAAUGUGUCACUGGGCAACUUUUAUUCCGAUGUCAACCUGAAAUCUUUUGUCAUCCUCCGUACUAAACUGCCACUGGAUACCCUGGGCUCCCAAGGCAUGCAGACCUUUUCCACAAAAAACUCCAACAAUACCCAGGUCUUCUUUCUGACUGUUCCCUUCUCCUCCUACCUAGUAGAGCAGAUGUAUCUUGGUGGUCCCAAAAGGCGCUACAGGCUUCACGUGACCUACGUCAUGAGCCUUGUCCCCAAAGAAAAGAUCUUUACCUAUUCAGAUGUAGUGGAGUGCAUUCUAGAAGAUGUUGUUCCUCCUGCAUAUAAUCACUCCUGUCAGAGUGACAAACUGGUGCUUGACGUGAAGCGCGGGACUCUUGAUAUGUAUUGGCUUCCUUACAUCCGAAACCUUCCUCUGACCAAUGAACUCAUUACCUCUCAGAAUUACUUGGUACAGAAUACAGAUGCCGCCUUCCACCUGGAAGUUCCCUACCCUUCUGUUGGCCUAAUCUAUGAGGUGGCUACUCUGAGCGCUUUCCAUGUGCGUCUGGACUUUACACUGCGAGACAACCAAACCUUGAAGGUAGAAAGUUCCUACUCUUUUCAUUGCAUCUUUUCUCAGCCAAUGUCAGUCUGCCUCUCCAAUGGUUCCAUGAUUGCUUUUGUCAAUGGCUCCAUGACCAAGCCUAAGAUUGAUGCCAGACGAACUCACCUGAAAGAUCCGACUUGUAAGCCACUAGAGGCCACUGAGACAUUGGCACUGUUCAGCUUCUCUGCCUACACAUGUGGCACAAUCCAAAAGUUUGACAGCAACUACCUUAUCUAUGAGAAUGAAGUGGUGUAUGACCAGGUGGUGCUAUUUCCUAAUCAGCCAAUCAUCUCCCGGGACUCCAACUACAGGAUGACUAUACGCUGCCGCUACCCUCUCAAAGACACUCUGUGGUUGAGUGCCCAGAAGGAGGUUGCUCCUAUCAUGAUGGGCCUGGGCUUGCUGCGUGAGACUAAAGUGCUGCGCAGGAGAGCCAGAACACACAUGGCAGAGCUAAGGAUUGCAAAGGAUGAUACCUAUACUUCAUUUUACCAUCUUGAAGACUUCCCAGUGUCUGUUGAACAGGCAGACAGUCUAUACCUCCAGGCUAAUGUGCCAAGUACAAAUCUGGUGUCGCUGCUACAGGACUGCUGGGCUACAACCUUCCCAAACCAUGAUGACCAUUCUAGGUGGAAUCUGGUUGUAGAUGGGUGUGCUACCAAAGAAGGUGCUGAUGCCUUAUCAACUACAAUCCAUCUAUCUCCUGACUACUCUGCUCAACUCCACGUGAAGCUGAAUGGAGAGGUUAAUGGACAGGUGUACAUACACUGCCAGGUCUUGCUGUGUGAUCCCAAGAGCACAGAUGGCUGCUUUCAAACUUGUGACAAGACCACAGGAAGUGUCUCUGGGAAGAGGGAAACCUCUGCGUUCUCUGAAGUGGUGUCUGCUGGACCUGUCAAAGUAGGCGCUAAAAAUGAAGUUGGCUAUCAACAUCUUGCAGAAACAAAGUCCUGGUCAACAUGGAGUUGGGUCCUCUCAAUCGGUCUUGGAGUCAUUGCGGCAUUAACAGUUGGCGCUGUCUGUCUUGCUGUUCGCCUCUAUAUACACUAAAUAAAAAGCUCUUAAUUUAUAAACUUUAA